AUGGUGGGCCUUGUCCAGGCCUACCUGCGCGCCACCUCCUUCGUGGGGUUCUGGCCCGUGGACCAGUUCCUGGUGGUCUACUUCGUGUCUGUCCCCUUCCACAUCAUGAGCUUCCCGUACUUCUAUCACUUCCAGCUGCUCUAUGUCCUGGCUAAGUUCCAGAUCCUGGCUCUCCUGUCGGGCAAGACCGUGCCCUUUCACCGGCGAGUUAUCACGACGUCCCACCGGGUCGGCUUCGACAGCAUGGACUACAACUUCCACAUGAACAACGGAACCUACUGCCGGAUUGCCGAUUACGGCCGGGCGGCCCUCUUGCUGCCGGUGGUGCUGGGCGCCGCGCGGCGCAAUGGCUGGAAGGUGGCCAACGGCGGUGUGACAAUGGUCUUCCGCCGGGAGCUCAUGGUCGGGUCGGCUUACACGGCCACCACGCGCGUCCGGUCCUUCGAUGACAAGUGGUUUGUCCUGGAGCAUAAGUUCAUCAGCGGAGGCCGGGUGGUGGCGAUCGGCGUCUGCCGGAUGGUCAUCAAGGAGCGCUCCGGGCGGACACUCCCCCCCGUGAAGGCCCUGGAGAUCCUGUACCCAGGCACCAGGCACAUUGCCAGCCCGGAUGAGGCGAGUGCCCGCCUGGGCGCCCUGGCGGAUGCCCUUGUUGCGGCGCCGGUGGCCGCUGGCGGCCCGACACUCGGACAGCAUCACCAGUGA